GUCCCGCCUGUAGUUUAGACUGCGGCUGCAGCAAAGUAAAGUUCCUGGUUUACAUACGUGUUGCCCACGUCCGGGGUUUCGGUUCCAGUGCGGGGAAAUUCUUCUAUCAAAUUCCUAUUUUAUCAAGUGGUCUGCCUUGCCCGCACUUUCUGAAUCAGCCCACUGUGGAUGAAGGACAGCCACCCCCAUGUUGGCUGGAGGGGCGGUAGUCUGGAGCUUAUCUACCCACUCUCUUCGUCGUCACGGCAGGCUUUUGUAUACAGUUAACUCCUCUGCCCCGCAGGCUGGACCACCGACUUCUGAGAGCACCGCACCACACAUGACCGACCUCUUCGGUAUUUGAGACGGUUUAAUUUUAUCAAGAUGCCCGCGGACAACUUGGAAAUGAACGGUGAUGCUGAUCGUAACGGCGAGACGGAGGUAAGGCAGCGGGUGAGUCCGUUAGAAAGCACAGCGUGUAACCAGCUCAUAUAUCGGGAUGAAAAAAACCAACUAAUUUCCUGUUUGGACUCAGUCGGGGUCCAUUCACACACAGAGUUAAAGAUAAAAGACACCGGCUACAGUCAGAAUUGAUGCCUCAAGGGUUUCCAGCCUCCCUCCCAUCCAUCGGACACAUCUUUGUCUCGUUAAAUGAACACAAAAGUGUCCGAACAAUUGUCCGGUGUUUGAGGAAUUCAUGAAGCUUAUGGGACCGGUCAGCGGCUUGGAUUAACUCUUUUGUCCGGUAGUUUGAGAAGUAGGCUGGAAACUUGUGUUUUUCCGUGUGUGUUGUAUCGUUCCCUCAGUGUCAGUUUACAUGUAGCUAAUGACAGACGAUACAGAGAGAGGAGCAUGUGGGUGCAGGGUAAUGUCAAUGCUAUAAUAAUAUAGGUUUGAACCCAGGUGGUUCAGUCUGUGACCCAAAUAAAGGCUCAGAUCUCACCAGAGGGGUUCAAAGUGCGGUUUGUAGGGGAGACCGGGGCUGGUUGACACACUUUUUACAUUAAUCGAUUCUUGGGAUCAAUACAUAUUUCAUUUUCAUACUUUAAUUCAUUCAGUUAAUAUUUAAAACAUUCAAUACAAACAAGGACAAAUCUCAAACGUGAAUGAAAAGGAGCAGAAAGGAGAAAACUCUAAUGGAGUCUGCCCCGCUUUCAUAAUCCACUGAACACAUAAUGAAAAUAAACAACAGCUGCAGGCAAACAUGCCUUUUUACAGUCCAUUAUUUUAUAUUUUCAAAAACAACUAAUAAUUCGUAUCGCUCUUUUUUGUUAAAUGAAAAUUGUCUGGAUGGAAGUUUUGCAUGCACUUCAACACAGUAGCUCAGAUAUGGAACAAUAAUCGAAUUAUAUAUAAGAGGCAUAUAUAAGAGGUACAAAGCUUUAUCAUCUAAGUAGUCCUUUACUUUGUUUAACAUAGCAAUCGUUUUUGCUAUUUUCACUCUUAUUCCAUUAAUAUGUGAUUACCAGGUCAAUUUAUCAUUAAUAAUAACACCUAAAAAAUGUUAUUUCAUUUACUCUAUUAAUUUCAAUACCUUUAGUAUUUACUGAAGCAUCAAUGUUUUUGCCUUUGAAACACAAUAGUAUAAAGUUUGUUUUUUCAAUAUUUUAAGAUAAUAUAUUUACAUCAAACCAGUGUCUAAUUUUAAUUAGGCCUGAACGAUAUAUCGUUUGACUAUCGUCAUCGCGAUGUACGUGUGUGCGAUAGUCACAUCGCAGAGCCUGCGAUAUUGGAGGUGAAUGAACUCAUUUAAUUUCAAGGGUAACCGACUGAGAUACACUCCAUGUGACUCUGCAUGUGCUGUGCAGCGAUCCACCAAUCGCCUUCGUCCUUAACUCAGUUGCCAAUCAGACUCACUUCUCAGUUGCCAAUCAGACUACCCUGCCAGCUGUCAAUCAAAAUCAGGGAGGAGAAAACCCACCCCUGCACAUGUUCUGCACAUGGAGGGAGACGUGUGUCCGCUGAGAAUUACUUUCGGAACUUUACUCAUGACUGUUAAGCUCAACAAAUAAGAACUGUAUGGGUUUUAAAUUGUACAUUUCCGUGGACCACUCUACUAUAAGCAGUGCGCGUUUUGCGAGGUGCAUGCAAUUCUCGGAGGACAUGCGUUUCUCGGCACAACACCGCUAACAACAACAACAACGAUCGCAAAAUGAACAACGAACAAGCGAAAACCACCGAAAAUGAAGAUUUGUUGCCAAAAAGAAAAGGAAAGUCAGUUAUCUGGAAUUAUUUCGGUUAAAAGAAGGAUGAUGUCGACCAAAACACGUCUUCUGUGUUCACCUGUUGCCACAAUAACGUCCCAGCACAAUAAAAGCUAAAAAUAUCUCUGAGACACACAGAAGCCGUUCUACUAACAUUCACAAAAAGAGGUAAGAUCAGAGCAGAUUAACUGUCCUCAAGAUUUCAGCAGUGCAGCAUAACAUUAAGUGCUAUUCAGGUCAUCUGGUGAAAAUACUGUAUUUUUAAUAUCGCAAUAUAUAUUGCAGGGUUGAAAAAAUCGCAAUAUUAUUUUUUUCCAAUAUCGUGCAGCCUUAAUUUUAAUAUAAAGUUAAAGAUUGUGCUCUUCUCAGACAGGACACAGCCCCUGACCAUGUAAAGGAGUAAAACUAGUAUUCCACUUUUUAGUUGCGCCCACUGGUGGCAAAGAUAAUUGCAAUGUGACAACUUACACAUGUGACAACAAGCCCCAUUCUCCCCUAAAGUGAUUACAGUAAAGGAUGUAAAUAUAAGGGUAAUGCACCUACCUUCAAUAAAACAUCUUUGUAUGUCUGAAAAAAAAAGUUAAAAUAGAAAUUAGAUAAUAUGCAUUUUGCUACUUUUUAUAAAACAUAAUACUUAAAUGAUCAGCAGAGGGGAAAUUAGGUUGUAGAAGCAGCACAAAGUCAAUAAGAAUAAAAUGAGAGUAUGAGAAGAAAAAAUGAUACCCACAAGUAUUAGAUAGAAGUAGAAUAAUGAAAAAUAAAAAUGUGAGUUAAAAUAAAUCAAUGAGAUAAAAAUAAGUGGUAUAUGUAACAGUUAUUAUUAUUUUGUUACUGAUAAAAAGAAAGCCAUGGGAAAAGUAAAGUAAUACACCACAGGAAACUGAUAACUAGUUUUACCUGAUAUCAACACUUCUAAAAUGAGGCGCCCUCUGUAAGCCAGAACUUGUAACUUUUUGUUUGUUUGCGAUAAACUGGGUGUUUUUCCUCUUUUUAAUGGCAUUUAACCCACUUUUAUUUUUAUUUCUUAUAGGAAUUUAAUAAAACAACUUUGCCAGUUUGAUUUUGGAGUGGAAAAAGACACACAAAACAAACGAACAAACAAAAAAAACAUUAAAAAUGUAAUGUUGGACCUUUUCCUUGGUGUCAGGGUCCUCUUAUAUUUUUGGGAUCCCCUAACCAUUGACUAACUUUGCAUCAUUCCUUAUCCAAACUUUAUUUUAAUACUCAAUUUUUCUAUUUUUAAACCAUCAAGACUUAGAUUGACAUUUUGUUGUCCCUAUAGUUUUUCUUUUCUGAUGCUCACUCGUUUCCUCUGCUGCACCAACACACACACACCUCAUCUUCCUGCUCCCCUUCCUGCUCUUCUUUUUCCAACUGCGGUUUCUUGAUUGUUCAAACUGCUCUAGCACAACAUGGUGAGGAUACAACAGUCCCUUCUUGACACAUCUUUGGCAUCUGCAACCCUGUGCACUCCCAAUUUUUGCUGUACAUCGAUCGGAGCUCUCAGUGAGCUCAGAUUGUUAAAGUGAGGAGGGGAAGGGCAGAGCACAGGAGGAAGGAAGGGAGUGAGGAGACAUAAGACACAAUAAUAAGUGCAAUAUGGCAGAUAGCACAGAAAUCAUUUAAUCUGAAUCAUCUCAUCUUCAGAACUGGGGGACAUCAAAAGCAUGACUGAAAUCAAUACUCAAUUGAUCUCCCGGCCCUAAUGUAACAUUUGUCAAAGUUAGGAAAAGUUUAGACUUUUUUUAAGGAAGCAGAUUUAUAAAAAAGAUCAUAAAUAUUGAAGAAAAUCUUAAUUCCUCUUUUAAACCUUCUAAAUACUUGACUGCUCCUGGAAUGAUCAUAAGAAAUUUGGAAUAUUAUAACGUAGUUUAAUUUAUAAAAUACUGUGAAUAGUUGAAGGAUUUAAUGCUCUGGCACAGAAAUGAAGAGUGUAACAACUUAAAAAAAAAAAAAACAUACAGUAUCCAGUCCUUAUGUAAGGCAUCAUCUCAAACCUCUCUCCAGUGACAGACACUAAGAUCCAGUUAGUUUACUUGUUUGGAACAUUGUGUUAUGUCCCAAAUGUCUCCUUCACGCAAGUAGGGAUUUUAUUCAAGGGAAAAAAAAGACUUGGCACACGAGGCAAAAAGGAAAAAAUGAGAAAAGGAAGUGAGAUCACUGAUCCCUGGGUUGCUCCAUGUGGGAAGUGACAUACACCAGCUGCAAAUGGAGCUGCUGUAGAAGAAGAAGUUAACUAAGGGGUAUGGUGGCUUAUAGUGGUUCCUAUGACACUCACAUGUUGGCGCACCACCAGAGCACUUUUUUCCUCUGUGGCCUGGCGCUCCCCCAGAGGUGUGGAAAAAGGAACGUGAGUCGAGCCUGAGGGUGUGAUGCUGCCAACCUGACCAUAAAGAGGUCAUUGUUGGACAGUUGAAUGCCACUCUGGCACCCUGAUCACUACACUCAUAUGAAACAUUUAAGGGUUUUAAUGGGGGCUCUUGUUUACAGGAUGUUUGCAUUUGACCACAUCCUUAUUUUGUUUAGAAGAUAACUUUUUCUCUUGAAAAACAGCCGGUUGUAAGUUGCGGCGCUUAUGGCCUUGUGGUUUAAGCGUCACAUAUACAGAGCCUAUAGUCCUAGAUGCAGGGGUUGAAGUUUGAUGCAGGUGGUUCAACCCCUAGUCGUGAUCUCAUGACCUAUGUCUCUACUCUCUGUAUUUCCUGACUCUGUGCAGCUGUCCUAUUGGCGGAAAUUGAGGACUUUUCCGCCCAAAUGUUCUCAAACUUAGCUUAAAAAUGGAGGCUGUAGCAUCAGAAUUUUCUCCAGAAAACAUGGUGGUUAAUCCAGCUGAUGAUAACUUCAACACAGGGCAGCUAUGAAGUGUAAAUAAUGAAACCAGCUACUAAGACUUCCAGAGAAGCUACUCUCUUUCACUGCCAUGUUUCCACAAUAGUACAGAACAGACACAAGAGCUUUUGAAUUUUGUGUGUGCAGAGUGAAACACACCAGUGAGAAGUUGAGGAAGAACCAGAGUGAUUGUUGUGUCAUUUCUGCUUCUGCAAAACAGGCCCAUUCAAUGAAAACGAUUCACAUCCUUUUUAUCCUCAUUGUGGUAUUUAUUGUGUUUUUUUUAAACUGCAGUUUCACAGCGAGACAAACUCAACUUUUGCCCUUCCUGCCCCAUCAAAAUGGAAGGAUUCCUCAACAUGACAUCCUGUUAUUGUGUUUAAAUGGCACGAGGGAUUGUGAGUCUAUGGCUUCGCAUGAUAACAUGUUUUACAUGUUUGACAAAGGACUUUUUAAUCUAAAUCAUGAUCAGUGAACUCAGUUAUAGUAGUGAUAAUUCUGAAGAGGGCCCCUCAUUUCACACUUGUUGUGUUUGUCUUCAGUUUAUAAGUUUCCUCCUCACUCACUUGUACUCUUGGAUUUGGGUGCUAACCGUCCCGGCACACAUGCUGUAUUUUAGGUGUCUGACCUGGUCAGUUGAACCGAAGGAUGUGACUUGGCAAUUUAUUUUUAAACUCUGAGCUGAACGUACCUCAGUGACCUGCUAGGUCACUUAUGUUCCUGUUUAAUUCAACCCCCAAACACUUUCACUUCCAUUAAUAUCUUUCACAGAAAACUGACUUCUGUGGUUUGAGGUAUUACUCUACAGUUACCUGCUCUGAUACUGAAAUUUACUCUGUUUUUAAAUGUAGUUGUUUUGUUUUUAAAAUAGUGCUUAAAGUGAUAGAUACAUAAUUAAAAUCUUGUGAAAAUGUCCAGUUAAACUUUAUAUUCUUUUUAAAAUAUAGAACAUAAAAGAACAGUAAAUAUAAUUACACUGUUUUUCACAGAUAUCAGUUAUUUACUGCUUGAUGUGAUCCUAAAAUGAAGAUAUAUAAACACAAAAACAGGGUGCCACUAUAAACCACAUGUAUGUUAAAUAGUUUCAGAGGACAGUGCUAAUGUAAGAACUAAAUAAGUUUAUCUUAAAUGUGAAUUUGGAAAACAAAUAUUUGUGUCAGUUUGGAUUUUUCCCUUCACUGGAAAAACCCACUAAUGGUAUUUUCCAAACACACAACAGUUUCGUUUUUAUCAAUUCAUAUAACUCCUGCUUGUAAUUCUGAAACAACAGAGAAAGAGAACCUUCAUUUCCUAACUUCAGAAAGUAACUUCUUAAAAUACCAGGUUUACACAAUCUCAAGCACCUGAGACCUAUACUUUUGCAGAUAAGGGUCACAGUAGUGAAAGCAAAACUCUUUUAAUUUCUGGUUUAUAUCACAGCAGCAAACAGAUGAAGUUUUCUAGCAUUCUUCAUAACGGUCCACGGUCAAAGGAGUGAUUAAUAAUAAAUCCUACCCUGACCUAGCCUGUAUCACAUUGCCAGCUUUCACCUGCAGUAUGUGUCAUCCUCUGAGUCAUACUGAUGUCAGUGUUUGUAUUUGUCUUUAGGUACCGCUGCGAGGCCACUCAAGGAGGCAGCAGAGCCCUCUGAACAUGAACCAUUAUGCCAAUAAGAAGAGCGCAGCAGAGAGCAUGCUCGACGUGGCGCUGCUGAUGGCGAAUGCCUCACAGCUGAAGGCUGUGCUGGAGCAAGGACCUGACUUCACCUUUUAUGUGCCUCUCAUCACUCUCAUCAGCAUCUCUCUCAUCCUGCAAAUCUUAGUGGGGAUCCUGCUUAUUUUUAUAGGUGAGGCUGCACAUUUCCUGUUUGGCAUUAAAGGGAUAUUCCGGUGUGAAAUUAAUUUUGGGUCAAACACACAGUAACACCGAGUUAGACACCCCCUCGAGAGAUGAAUGUUGCUGACCGCUUGCUUCUCUAGUUAUACCAACUUUAGUAACGACCACAGGAAGCAACCAAACAGCACUCUAUAGCCACAAAUAAUGCUCAGAACAGCACCUAACUUCAUCAACAGAACAUAUAGGGUCCCAGCCACAGCACUAGCCACCAAACAUCUUUUUAACUUUUCCUUAUUUCUUUAGCAAAGAGACUAAACACAACUCACCUACUCUCUUCCAGCAACCACUUGUUUGUAGCGAGACCUCGGGCCAGUCCAUUACGGACUACAGCAGGGUGACACAGCUCAAGGAAGAACAUUUAUGAUCAUAACUUUAUUAACUCCUUCAAGUAAUAAUCAUCAAAUUAAUCAUUUUGCACUGCAGUCGCAGUACUUCUUCUGCCUUAGCGUCUCGGUCUGAUUGCAUUUCCAUGAAGAAAUGAUCAUAAAUGUUCUUCCUUGAGCUGCGUCACCCCGCUGUAGUCUGUAAUGGACUGGCCUGAGGUCUCACUACAAACAAGCAGCAGCUGGAAGAAAGUAGAUGAGUUGUGUUUUGUCUCUUUGCUAAAGAAAUUAGGGAAAGUUAGAAAGAUGUUUGGUGGCUCGCGCUUUGGCUAGGACACUAUAUGUACUGUUGAUGAAGUUAGGUGCUGUUCUGAGCAUUAUUUGUGGCGUUUUGGUUGAGGUUUGUUUAUGGCUCCUCAGACCACUGUGUAUUGCUAUCGUGCGGUCGUUACUAAAGUUGGUAUAACUAGAGAAGCAAGCAGUCGGCAACAUUUAUCUCUUAAGGGGGUUGCUAACUCAGUGUUAAGGUGUGUUUGACCCUAAAUUAAUUUCACGCCGCAAUAUCCCUUUAACUACGUGUGAUUCGUUUUUCCUGCUCUACUAGACUACAAGAUAACGUUAAGCAAAGAAAACUUACAGUGUGGAUUUUGUGGCAAAGCAUUUAAACCUCCAAAACUACAUGUGACAUUGAAUUAUGACCGCUCUUGUCACAUUAUUGUCACUUUACAGCUAAAACUCAUGGUUGACAUACAGCAUAUAUAUGUGCAUCUGUUAUGGAAACACAGUUGAUCCUGGUGUGUGCUAACAGAGUGUUUUUACACCACUUUAUACAUGGCAUGCUGUCAUUGUUAAUAUAACACAUGGACAAGUUAACCUCAGUUUCUCACUUUGUUUUUUUCAUUCUGGGCUCUUUCAUGAGUAACUGAUCGGAGAUUUCAGUGCAGAUUUACUUUAGGAUGGUUUUUGCACAAAAUUUGUUUAUCUUGUUUAUCUAUCUUAUCACAAAACAAAUUUAUCUGGUGUCGAAUUUCCUGAGGCUUGGAAACAUAGCAAAAAGCUUGUCUUCCUAUACAUUGCUGUGCUCUCCCCUCCCCCCUCUUAACUUUGUCCUUAUUAUAGCCUAACAGAGAAAACUAUUGUGACAGAGGUGGGUCAAGAGAGCCUCACCAGGAAGGAAAGGACAUCUGUUAGCUGUCUCUGCUGCAUCCAAUUUAGGAGAGCUCUAUUAGCUUUAAGAAAAAUGUGACAGGAAGUUCGGCCGAAACUAAGAAAGCAAGAGACAGUAUGUUAGUUUGGACCAGUUUGGUAUGUGGGAAGCAGAUGGUAAUUAUCCACCUGAGGGCAGAGCUGUCAGAUGGUGUUAAUCUAUAUCUAAGAGUUUAGCAAUGAUUACUUCACUGAUGAUCUAACUGCUGCUCUGUGCUGCCCCCUGUUGGAAAAGGGAGCUGACUUCCAAUGGCUGAGAAAAGUCCUGGGGCUCUAUUUUGGUGCCUCGCCGGAGAUCUGCCGCAAGCGCAGCGUCAAUCAGAUCCGCCGCGCUGACAAGGCGUUCCCAAGCACAUUUUGGUAUUUUGGUGAGCCGCGCAGCCCGGCGUAAGUAUCCCCCCUCCCUAACUCAGCUCCUCCCAGCACCAUAAGUCGUAGAAAGGGCGGUUAGUGGGUUUAACACAGCCGAGACCUGUUUUCACCAAUCACAUAGGCUCCUCUCCUUGCCUUUAAAUCCGCCACAGGCGAGGCGUAUUACUAUUUUCAUGAAGUAGUCAAAGAGAUCAAGAGAUGUCUUAAGACAGUAAUGCCACAAGAUGGCGACAGAGGGCAGCUCCUCAACAAGUGUCCUCCACACUCUCUCAUAUGAGCACAGAUGGAUUUAGUGUGCGUAAUGUUGGACCCAGUGGUAAGACAAACACCCUUUUCCACAAAUAAAGACACUCACAUAAAGUUGCUCAUAUUCAAACCUCACGUGACAAAGGUCGGUUGAGCGCACAGAUCACAACAUAAACUCCAAAAAUGGCAUAAAAAUCGGAACCAUCUGUGCGUAAAUGACGCAUCGCGCUCCGUGGCCUGGCUCUUUCUUUCAUAGAUGUUGGCAUAUAAAAUAAAUUUGGCUCACAAAACUGAAUAUUAUAAUAUCCGUAUGUCGGCUUAAAGUAGAUAACGCAUCUGAGCACUGAAACAAAUCAUCUGUUCAGCCGCAGCAGCAAGCAAGACGGACAGAGGACACGGAGACGUGUCCAGGUCGAGCUGUGCGAGAAAUAAGAGGAAGAGGAAGAAAGAAAAGGAGGGAGACGAAUUACAUAUCGAGUUAACUUCAUCAUGUGUGAAUAUUUACUAGAUAUUUAAUUUAAUUUGAUGCGGUUUCAGCUGUGUUGAUUCGGUCAGGUUGUGUGUCCAAACGCGUGCCAAACGCGCUCAUCAGAUCAGAUAUAGAUCAGAAUAUAUCUAUAUAGAUCCAAAUGUAUGUGCUGACUCACAUUAAUAGUUGAUGAUGAUUAUUUAUUGCACUGAAAUGUGCCUGACACUGUGGAAACCUGCCAGUGAGGCAUUAGUGACGUAUGUCGAUACGCCGCCGGUCUACCAAAAUACUACUGGACCAGCUGCGUUCCGCCUUGCGCUGAAAGCUGACCAGGUUUGAAUCGGCGAGCUUUCAGCGCACUUUACACGCCGGUGGCGAGCACGAAAAUGUCACUGCGCCUUCUGAUUCUGUCGACACCUCCCCCUGCCACACCACCACGCCAAGCUUGGCGGAUCUCGGCUCGCCUCCGUGCGGCUCAUGCCACGAAAAUACCAAAUUGGCCUUACGCUGGGCUCCGCCAGACGAAAAUACAACUGCACGGGGCUCGCCGCCUCACCGGCGCGAACGAAAAUAGAGCCCAUGAUGUAAACUCUGUCUUCUCUGUGUUGUUAGUGAAGUGGAACCUGAAUGAUGAGCGCAUGCACUACAGGCUGAACAUCAUGGAGAACGUGGCCACAGCCUUCGUCUUUAUCAUAGUCGUGGUCAACGUCUUCAUCACAGCCUUUGGUGUGCAGCGGCCCAACACGAGCAGCUAAGCAACAUCUGGAUGACUUCCUGUGCCUACUGAUUGACUCAGUGAAGAUGGACCUCUGCAUUUUUGUAAAUGGACGGGAUGUUUCAUUCAUUCAUUCACCAAAAGAAAAAUGGCAUGCAUGAUACGUCUGUCUGUCUGUCUGUCUGUCUGUCUGUCUGUCUGUCUGUCUGUCUGUCUGUCUGUAAUUCAACCUCUCAGGCUUAAGAAGACCAACAUACCCUGAGGAUCAGGUGACGUUACGCACAUGUGUGUGUAUGUGUGUUAAAGGGGUUCACUUCCUCUCUAACCAUGGCUUUACAACAAAUUUGAGAUUAGUUUUUACUUCAUGUGGCAGUUCUCUAGUGUUUAUUUUACCUCUUUUGAUGCUCAGGUUGAUGAUGCCUUUCCCUGUAAAACAAACAUAUCAGGAGCAAUACACUGUCAGACACAGCCAAUGUGAACAUAUCCUGAGAAAACAAACAAAAAAAUACAACAAAAGGUUUUUCUCUUUAGUGUGUGUAUACAUCUGAGGCAUGCAUAAACCAAACCAUAAAGAAAAGCCUUUAACCACAGCAUGAUCCAAAUAAAAUCUUACCAUGAAGUGUAUCAACCAGGAGCCUUCUUCACCAACUGCUGCUAAUGAAGCGUUACAUGAAUAAACAGCUUUACAAUGUGGGAAAUCUACUAUAAACAGUGUCACAAACCUUAUACUGUUAAUGGACUCUUGUUACUUCUUGGAUAAGCAUUCUCUAGUGUGUGAUGUUUCUUUUGAAUUACCUGUAUGUAUUAGUUUAAGUGUUACUGAAGUGUAUUGUAUAGUUGAUAUGUGCUUUUUUAAAAUCACUUUUUUAGUACCAAAAAGUUAAACAGCUUUUACCAUGUGAUCUUUACAACACACUGUGAUGAAUCUCAAAUGAAUUUUAUAAAUAAAGCUACAAACACAA